AUCAGGUCACCAGGGCACUGCUGACCGUCCAUCGCGACCAGCUGAUGCACUCACACCUGUGUAUCAUUAUGGAGACAGAUCAUUUUGUAUUUUAGUGUUUUUUCACACACUUGUGGUGGCAGUGCGCGCAGGCCAGCCCGUGCUCCUCCUCGCCUCCUUCUCCCCCUACCAAAUGUGGACCGCUCCUCAGGUAAAGAGAUGUUUUAAAUCAGGGGGGAGGGAGGGGAGAGUGGGGCCGGGGCUGUCCGCUUUUGUUCUGCAGAAAAAGGGGGCUUGUUCUUAGCAGAUCAGCCUGCCAUUUUAACCGGGGGUGUGUGAGCGCCGAGCGAGAGGCUUGCCACUGGAGCGGUGUGGGAUGGGAGCAGAGAGAGGAGAGAAGGAGCGUCCUGCCUGCAGUCCUGCCACAACCGAGCGGAGCAGCAGCAUCGAGCCACUGCGAGAACACUGAGGAGCGCAGACAGCCCGACCACACACCUGAAGGCCAGAGCACUGCCACGGGGAUUACAAAGCAGGAGCAACAUUCUGACAGCCCGGGCGAACUCUGUAAAAACAGAACAAAACUCUGCAGCUUUUCCCCAAACUCCAGCGCACAGCGCCGCUUCUGCAAGUGCACUUAGACUGUGCGCAGCCUUAUUACAGAAACAAACACUGUAUGUGAAUGAGAAAUUAUCACUGAUCACUGCUAUUCAGCUCUUUUCGCCUGUGAUGGACAAUGGUUUGGUGAAGAAUGUGUCCGCUGUGCAUGCAUGAGACUCUGUGUCAGCACCUCUGACCUUUUUGUGGAUUUCGGUGAAAUCUCUGGACUUGAUUGUUUGAUUUCUAACGAGAUCAGCUGGAGUUUGCAGCUCUGAAAGGAUCCUGCUCAGAAUUCACUGGUAAAGCUUUUCACCUCCAUCCAACAUGCGAGCCAUCCCAUCCAGACUCAGCUAUCUGUUUCUACACUUAUUUGCAUUUUGCUACUAUGCUCAGCAUGUAAGCGAGCAGAGCAAAGUGACGGACCGCGUGAGCCGCAGGUUGAUCCGGAUCUACCAGCUGUACAGCCGGACCAGCGGCAAGCAUGUGCAGGUCCUGCCCAACAAGAAGAUCAACGCCAUGGCCGAGGACGGCGAUGUGCACGCUAAACUCAUCGUGGAAACGGACACAUUUGGGAGUCGUGUGCGCAUCAAGGGAGCUGAGACGGGCUUCUACAUCUGCAUGAACAAGAGGGGGAAGCUCAUCGGCAAGAAAAACGGACAAGGCCGUGACUGUAUCUUCACAGAGAUCGUUCUGGAGAACAACUACACGGCGCUGAGAAACGCCCGCUACGAGGGCUGGUACAUGGCCUUCACCCGCCGCGGGAGGCCACGGAAAGGCUCGCGGACACGCCAGCACCAGCGCGAGGUCCAUUUCAUGAAGAGGCUGCCGAAGGGGCAGCAGCCCGCCCACCCGAGCCACCACCGCCCCUUCGACUUCAUCCACUACCCCUUCAGCCAAAGGACUAAACGUACGCGAUACUCGUCAGAGCGCUGAUGAGGGGGAGGAAGACAGAAAACUGAGAGACUGACUGAAUUCCCAGCAGCCGACACACUCCUCUGCUCUCUAAAACCCCUCUAGAGACGUUUUUACACCGAGCAUUACUAUAUCUUAAUAUGUGGUUUGUUUUCUAUUUUUCUCAAAGUAAAAGAAAAGCUGUACAUAGACAAAAACACGAGAAAUCUAUUUUUGUACUCCAGACUUCGUACUGACCUGUGUGACAAAACAAAAGGAGAAGUUUGUUUUAGCUGCACAGGGCUCAUUGUGUGACUUAGCGGGGCCAGCGUGCGUUGUGUUGUUUCUUUGUGUCAUUUUGACCAGUGGAGUCAUUCUUUGGACUCUCGCCUGCUGCUCAAGGAGACUUGAAGGGCCCUGACUGAGCGCACUGCCAGGGGACGCUGCGUUCACAGACACAAACUGUCACACACUGCGCUGGAGAGCGCCAGGGUCAGUAAACGUUGCAUACGCAUGUGGUGGUAACUGUGCAGUGUUGAAGCUUCUUGCUAGAUGCUGCAUCCUGACUGGGACCAUUCUCACACAGUUCAAGCAAACAGAGCUUUAAUGGCGUCUGAUGGAACAAUGUGGCAGCUACAUUUGAUAAUCACAGGUUUCCUGUUCUGACUGUAACGUUGAUGUGUAAAAAAUGCAUUGAAGUGUAAGGAACCCCUCCACACACCCACUUCCCCUAACCCUUUUGUGUUCUUGUUGUCCCCUGGAUGUCUGUUUUUAUACAUAUAUAAAUAUAUUUUUAUUUGAGGAUGUGUAAAAUAAUUUUAAGGAUGGAAUAUUUAUUUAAAAUGUGUAAUAAAUGUACAUUAAAAUACUGAUAUUAAACUCUUGUUUGGUA